AUGAUUGACUUAUACUGUGGAAAGCCAAUUGGAACAAAAGCUGAUACAUGGGCAAUGGGAGUGAUGCUCUACAAAUUAUGCUACUUUUGCCUUCCGUUUGGUGAAUCUGCAAUGGCUAUCCAGAAUGGAGCGUUUUCGUUUCCAACUGAACCACAACAUCCGGACUCGCUGAAGGCUAUAAUAAGAAGCCUUCUUGAUGCUGAUGUAGAUAGAAGACCGUCAAUAUACCAGUGCUCAGUGCUAGCUUUUUCUGCUGCAGAGCGUGCUUGCCCUGUUAGGAAUGUCCGCAAUUGUCGCAGACCUUCUCUUACUGUGACGGUGCAGUCCUUCCUGUCGGGUCGUCCGUACUUGUUUGAUGACGAACCCAAGAGUGAAGACAAUACUGUAGUGCCUCCUCAAGAAGAAGAACGCUCUGAACUUAUUGUUUCACUUGCUCCUGACAAACCGUCCAAUGAUCCAGCAAUGCAAACAACUUCGGUUCAACCUCGCCUUCGUCCGAAGCCGAUUAGCAGUACCCCAACUAUUCCGUUUGUGCUCUCAAAUACGAAGGUAGGGGCGAAUGUCCUUUCAGUGCCAUGUUUACAUUUUACGCCGCUACCGACUUGCAAUCUUCGGAUCUUCGGUUUGGGAUAUAUGAAAGCUUGA